AUGACAUUAAGUGGAGGCAGAGGCAACCAAACUGCAAAGCCAGAAUUUACAUUUGAGGGGUUUCCCUCUGGUCACAAUGUGCAGAUUGUCUUGUUCUUAACAUUUUUAUUAACUUAUAUCUUGACAGUCAUAGCAAAUUUUCUUAUAAUCAUGAUAGUAAAGGAGGCCCCCAACCUGCACAUGCCUAUGUAUAUGUUUAUUGCUGCUCUUUCUUUCCUCGAAAUCUGCUAUGUCACUGUUACAACACCCAACAUGCUAUCCAUUUUCAUAGUUGAACAUAAAAGAAUCUCAUUUGAAGGCUGCAUGGUUCAGUUAUAUAUUUUUUUCUCGCUUGGCUCUUCUGAAUGUUUCCUCCUAACUGUCAUGGCUGGUGAUCGCUACUUGGCAAUCUGUAAUCCACUGAGAUAUUCAUCUAUAAUGACAUUAAAAGCUUGUGCACAUCUGAUACUUCUAUGCUUUCUAUGUGGGUUCUCUGCCUCAGUAUUGACAAUUACUUUUAUUGCCACAUUACACUUUUGUGGACCUAACAGAAUAAAUCACUUUUUUUGUGAUUACCCUGCCCUACUUGCCCUGUCCUGUGUGGACAGUAGCACAACUGAAGUAGUAUUUUUCACUCUCUCUUGGAGUAUUGUCUUGACAUGUUUUUUACUGACUAUGACUUCCUAUAUUUGUAUUGUUGUCACCAUCGUAAACUCUGUGAGAGGGCAGAGAAAGACUUUCUCUACAUGUGUGUCUCACUUAACUGUGGUGUCUAUAUUUUAUGGAAGUGUGAUCUUUAUGUAUGUAAGACCCAAGGCAAAGUAUAAUCUGAAUAAUGACAAAGUGGUGUCAGUGGUUUAUUCUGUGGUCACUCCACUUUUAAACCCAUUGAUAUAUGCUCUGAGAAAUAAAAACUUCCAAAGAGCAAUUCAGCACUUUAGAAAGAAAAAUAUUUUACUUACUCUAUUUUCAGGAGGACGAAACGAUGGUAAAUUCGGGGAUGAUUUAAAAACUUGCCAAAAAUAUCAGCAAUGA